AUGUAUGUUACACUCAUGGAAGAUUACAUAGACAAAAGGCAAGGUGAAAUAGCGCCGGAAAAUCAUGAUAAGGAGGAAAAAAGCUAUUACAUACCUCAUCAUGUAGUCAUUAAAGAGAAAAGCGCAGAAAUUAAAGGACGAAUAGUGUUCGACGCCUCUUCUCACACACCAGGCCAUCCAUCAUUAAACGAUGUUCUAGAACAAGGUCCCAACUUACUUCCAGAAAUUUUAGCCACCUUAUUACGAUUUCGUCUUCACAAACAAGCAAUUAGUGAUGGAAGUCAGGCUUUUUUACAAUUAACCUUGUGGGAAAAAGACAGAUGUGCUACUAAGUUUCUAUGGUUCAAAACCAGAAAAAAUGGUGAUGGACAUUUGCAGCUGGAGAAUGAAAUUGUGGUCUACCAAUUUACACGUUUACCCUUUGGAUUAACCAGCAGCCCAUUCCUUCUUUCAGCUACACUUGACGAAUUAUCCUGCAUGUACUCAAACAUUUAUCCCACAGCAGCUAAACAUAUAAAAG